CAGCGAGCUCGGCUGAGCAUGCGCCCGCCCGGGACACCCAUCAAUGGGACCGAGGGCUUGAAGGCGAGCGGGUCACCGAGGAGCCACGCCGCUGUUACCCCUGCUCUCUCCCACUCCGCGCCGUGAAGGGGCAUGCACCGCCGCUGAGCUUCGGGCGCCCGCACGAAGAUGGCUCGGAGUUUCGCGGGACCCUCCGCCCUCACUGCGCUCCUGUGCCUGCUGACACCAGCCUUGGGUCAUUUGCAUCCAACCUCCCACCAGACCUCGACACUUUCUGCCUAUGAAAUUACAAUCCCACAACAGCUGUCGGAGAGAGAGAAGAGAGACGUGGGUCCGAGCUCUUCAUCGCAGGGCAGGCUGUCGUAUGUCAUUCAGAUAGCGGGACGUGACCAUAUUAUUCACCUGACGAGAAAUGAAGACUUUAUUGUGAAGAACUUCACCAUGUUCACUUACGGAGAUGAUGGGGACCUCAUCUCAUCUCAGCCAGACAUUAAGGACCACUGCCAUUUCCAAGGAUUUGUGGAGGGGAUGGACCGUUCUGUGGUUGCCGUUAGCACCUGUGAUGGGCUAAGAGGUCUGCUGCUCACAGACAAAACGCAUUAUGUCAUUGAACCCCUGGAGAAUUCCAGUAUCUUUCAGCACCUGGUGUACCGUGUGGAGGAUAUGUUGGAAACACAUUUAACUUGCGGCGUGACCAAUGAGACUGGCUUCAUGCCCCAGUAUAAUUCCGGUGGCACAGAGCAACAGCCGCGUGAUGGACACAGCAUAACGAGCUUCCUGCGUCACAAACGAGCCAUACUGCCUCAGACUCGAUAUAUUGAGUUCUUUCUCGUGUGGGACAAGGAGCUGUUUGAUCAAAUAAGGAAUGAGACAGCUGUGAGAGAGCAGGCAGUUCAGCUUGCCAAUUACCUUGAUGGGAUAUACAGAAUGUUAAACAUUCGAGUCGUGUUGGUCGGUUUGGAGAUCUGGAUGAAUGGGAAUCAAAUCAGCAUAGAAGGAGGAGCGGGUGAAGUACUGGUACGGUUUAUGCAAUGGCGAGAGAAGAACUUGCUGCCACGACGACGACACGAUAGCGGGCAUUUAAUUCUGAAGAAGAGAUUUGGAGGGUUUGCAGGUAUGGCCUUUGUGAACACCAUCUGUUCAGGGAGCCACAGUGGAGGAAUCAAUGUUUAUAGCUUCAGCAUUCCUCAGUUGGCUUCCGUUGUCGCUCAUGAGUUGGGCCACAACCUGGGAAUGAGCCACGACGAUGGCCGCAACUGUGCCUGUGAAGCGAAGAACUGUGUUAUGAAUUCUGAAGCCUCGAACGCCGUGAACUUCAGCAGUUGCAGUGCCGAUGACUUUGAAGCGAUGAUCAUAAACAAAGGAGCCUGGUGCCUGCUGAACAUCCCCAGUCCUGAGGAAGAGUACAGUCCUCCGUUUUGUGGCAACAAGCUGGUGGAUACCGGUGAAGAAUGUGAUUGUGGAUCGCCAGAGGAGUGUAAAAAUGACCGGUGUUGUGAGGCGUCCACUUGUAAACUCAAGUACGGAGCGGAGUGUGCGACUGGGGUCUGCUGCAAUAAGUGCAAGUUCCUGGCUGCCGGAACCGUGUGCCGAGCCUCUGAAGAUGAAUGUGACCUACCGGAGUACUGCAAUGGAACAAGCCACAACUGCCAGGCCGAUGUAUUUGUGCAGAAUGGCCACCCCUGUCAGCACAACACCUCCUACUGCUACAACGGAAUGUGUCAGAGCUACGAGAGUCAGUGCGUGGCUCUGUUUGGCCAGGGUGCAAAGUCUGCUCCACAACAGUGUUUCCAGGAAGUGAACUCUAAAGGUGACCGAUUUGGAAACUGUGGCAUGAGCGGCGUCCACUACAAGAAGUGUGAGAUCAGGAAUUCGAUGUGUGGGAAGUUGCAAUGUGUGAAUGUGGACAGGAAGCCUAUCUUUGGCAUCAUGCCUGCCUUCAGCCUGACACCUAUUGGAGACGUCACCUGCAUGGGGGUUGAUUUUAAGAUGGGGUCAGAUGUCCCUGAUCCUGGCAUGGUAAACCCAGGCACCCAAUGCGCCACAGGCAAGGUCUGCAUGGAUUUCAAGUGUGUGGGUGUCGCUAUCCUGAACUAUGACUGCGAUGUAGAGGUGAAAUGCAGUGGCCAUGGGGUGUGCAAUAACAAUAAGAACUGUCACUGUGAGAAAGGAUGGGCACCUCCUGAUUGUGCAAAGGCCGGCUACGGUGGGAGCAUUGACAGUGGACCAACGUACAACGAUAAGGAUACAUCGCUACGGGAUGGAUUACUGAUUUUCUUUCUGCUGGUGGUUCCACUGGUUAUUGUGCUCGUGUACAUGUUUAUCAAAAGGAAUGAGCUGAAACGAAGACUCUUUCGAACACGAAGGCACAAGUCUGAAAGCACAGCAGGGCCGAGAAGAGCCCCGAAUGACUUGCCUAAGGAAGGGGUCCAAUUAAUACCAGCCCAAGAGGCUGGUCCAACGAGGACAGCAGUGCCAACAUAUGUAAACAGACCACCACAGCUGACACCAUCCAGGCCAGCACCAGCUCGACCUGUGCCUUCAAGACCUGUUCACCCACCCCAGAGGGUCUAGCUUAUUAUUACACUUGCAGCGUAGCUACUCUGUCUGGAUAGUCCUAUGAUCAGUGCUCAGUAUACUCUGCCCCGACAAGCUCCCUGAGUGUCAACGGACUUCUGUCUGAGCCAGACUGAUCAGCAGGAUUUUCCUGCACUGUACACGUGCUUCACUAGUUCUCAAGAAAACGGAGUGUCUGCGGUUCCCAGUCUCUGAAGGAACAUAGCAACUGAAUACCUCUUACGUGUCUCUUUUUUUUAAAAAAAAUCAUUAUUAUCUAGAGUGAUUAUGUUGUAUGCUUUAGUUACUUUGAAGAAACCCUGAUGUUACUACGCACUGGCCACGAGUGGUCACCAGCUAUCAGAUACCCAAAUGCCCAAUAGAACAGGAAGGGAAUAAUCCAUUACUACUGAGGACUAAUCUGAAACUUUUAACUAAUCAUGUCCCUCCAUAGAUGCUACCAAACAUGCUGAGUUCCUCCAACACUUUGUGUGUGUGUGUGUGUGUUUUGCCUCAAAUUUCCAGUAUCUGCAGUCAGGAUUAUCAUCAAUGAUGUAGCAUGAAAUUUAUUGUUGUGCAUCAGCAGUACAGUGCAAAACACAAAAUAUACUCUAAAAUACAUUAAUAAUGCCAAGGAGGAAUAAUGAGGUAAUGUUCAGAGAUUUGUGGACCUUUCAGAAAUCCAAUGGAGAAGCUGUUACUAAUACGUUGAGUUUGGGUCUUUAGAUUUCUGUACCUCCUCUCCGUCUCUUGUAACAAGAGGUUAUGUCUUGGAUGGUGAGGGUCCUUAACGAUCAAUGCUGCUUUCUUGAGGCGCUGCCAGACUAAUAUUGGUGCAGCUCUGAGCCAUGUUAAAGUAAAACCUUUUAACACUACCAUAAUUAAAAAAUAAUAAUAAUAAAGUAACUUCCCCAAGUCCUUUCGUUCACAAAUUUAAAUUGGCCUGCUGUUCUGAAACUGACCUAUUUUUUUUUUGUAAAAGAAUGACAAAAUUGGCCAGAAAACUAGCCCAGUGCUUUGCUAAUUUUGGGUUCCUGCAACAUAGUUUGAACAGGAAAACUUAUAAUCUCGGUUAAUUAUUUAAUUGGGAGAUAAACAACAUUCUAAAUUGCAUUGGGUUGAUCUGUUUUUAAGAAAAAGGCUAACAUCAGCAUGACAUUUUAAGAUUAAGACUUACUGGAGUUCAAGAUUGAAGUUACAAAGGUGGCCAGAUAUUUUGGGUCUUUGUCUUUUGGGUACUUUGGGUCAUCUGAGUUUCAUGCAAGUUCAUCAGAGUACUGAAACAGGUUAUAUUUUGUAUCAGUAAUAAGGAUAUGAAGGCUGUACCUUAACUAUGGGCUGUGUGAUCCACCAGUGACCUUCCUGAGAACAACAGGAUGCUGCAGCUAAAAGCUUGGGUGUUUUUACAAGUGUAUUAUCUAUUUUUAGAUUUCAUGCAUAUAUUAUACAGAUGAAUUUAAGUGACACCCUUGGAGUGAAUUGGAGCUUGGAAUCCAGGUCACAGUGUUUUGUAGAAUCUUCGGAGACAGCCUUGCUGGUCCCUGCAGAUACCCCUGGAGAUGCCCCUCAUUGUAUAUCCUCUAUCUUUUUUCACUUGAAUAUUUGCACUUGUUGUUUUACAAUGAUUACUGUAUAUCAUUUUCAAAGAUACUGAUUAUUUUUUCUUAAGAGAUGUAAAGAAGUUAUGCAUACAUAAAUUACAGAUGGCUUUUAUUUAAUCUGUACAAAAAGACAAUGAUGCAAUAAAGAUGAUUUUUUUUCUAA